AUGGCAAGGAUUAUGAUGACUGGUGCGGUAAAGAAGUGGUGUGAGGCUAUCCUUGGGUUUCAAGAAGUUGACGAUGUGGUAAAGAAAGGACUUCAAGAACCUUUGAAAGGUGAUACUAAACAAGUGAAGAAGCAGUACAAAGAAAAUAGACGACUUGAUUGCAAGGCAAGAAUGCUACUGCAUCAAUGUGUUUCUUCUACGAUUUUUCAGAAAGUAUUGAAAGCCACCACGGCCAAAGAAGUCUGGGAUAUUCUACAAGAUGGGUAUGGAAACUCUGGAAAGGUGAAGAAGAUUCGUUUGCAAUCUCUACAGCGACAGUACGAGCUCCUCUGCAUGGGCGAGCAAGAGACGUUGAUGGAGUAUAUUGGAAGAAUUCAAGUUAUAGUCAAUGCCAUGAGAGCAUGCGACAAAAUCGUGAAGGAUAAGAAGAUCGUUGAGAAGAUACUCCAAACCUUGACACCGCAAUACGAUCACAUUGUGGUCGUUAUAAAGGAAUGCAAGGAUCUUAAGGCGAUGAAAGUGGAAGAGCUGCAGAACUCACUCGAAGCACAUGAACAAAGAUUAAUUGAAAGGAAGAAUGCAGAGAAAAUCGUGACACAAGGAACGAGUCAGGCGUUGCAAGCGAGAAGUAAUCAAAACUUCAAGAGUCGUGGUAGAGGUAGAUGGAGAUCAUGUGGUGGACAUAGCGGAGGAAGAAAUAUUAAAUUCUUAAAUCAAAACGGUGAAGAUAAUGGUGGUGAACAGAAGGAAGGAAGUAACAGAGUAGAGUGCUGGCACAACGAAUCCUCCAAGAAGGUCAAGAAUGAAGAAGCAGCUAAUUUGGCUCAGGACGCUUGCGAUUCGGAAUGGGAUCAUGUAGUGUGA